AUGGUUCUAUUACUUCCAUCAAAGAGAAAGUUUUUUCAUAGCUUAAAGGAAAAAUUUGAAAUAAAUAAUAUUAAUUCAAAUGAUAAUGAUAUUGAAGAUAUCACCAAUUGUAUAUUGGGUGGUAACGAAAAUGACUCAGCGGUAUUAUACAUUGUUUGGAAUGAUAUUGGACUGAUGCAAAGGGUUUCACUAAAUUUACACAAUGUUCAUUCAAUGAAGGUAUCCAUUGGUAAUUUUUUAAAAUCUCAUGGCGGUGUGGAUUAUGGGGCAAACUCAAUAUUAAAAUUUCAACAUUUGAAUUUACUAAUCAAUUGUCUUCAAUUAUUUUUUACAAAUUCUGACUUCAAAUGGUCAAGACGUCAAAACGAUAAAGAAGAUUGUUGUCAAGUAUUUGUUAUUAGUAAAGAAUAUGAUCAGUAUGAACCGAUUAUAACUAGACAACCAUUUUUGUUUAAUUUAACUUUAAAUUUUAACGAUCCAUUAUUCAGCAUCACCUCCAAUGCAACAAGCAGUAGCAGUUUUAUAGUUGAUUGUAUAAUUGGCCAUAGUGGUAAAGAUGAAAAUAUAAAUUAUGAUGUUAAAAGCAAUACAGAAACUGAUAUGGCUAAAAGUAAACAGUUUGCAAAUAAUCAACCAAAGCACGAUUAUCAACAUCAUACAUCCUCAACAACUUCAUUACCACCAGGUCAAUAA